AUGGAUGAGCUUUUUGAUGUGUUUGAGGACAAGCCUCAGGCGCCAACCGCCUCCGAGCCCGCACCCAGACGGCCGAAGAAGGAUAAAAGCAAGAAGCGACAGGUCAAUGGCGAUGUGAAGGAAAACGGCGCAACGCCCGAACCCAAGGAGGAUGCUGCGGCUGCCGAUGUCGCCGAUCAGACUGUUGCCGACGGAGAGGACGAAAAUGCUGUAGAUGUGGACAGUCUCAACCAACCGGAAGCGAAGCGAUUGCGACUGGAGCAGGAACCGGAACCUGUAGUCGCGGAUCUGUUCGAAACGGCGCAGGAGCGCGAAAUCGCAGGCUCUGCAGGACUUCAGUCUGAGAAGGAGGCAGGUCCAGUUGUGUUGUCCCACCAAGUCCGACAUCAAGUCGCCAUUCCUCCAAAAUAUCCAUACGUACCUAUCUCUCAGCACAAGGCCCCAGAAAAUCCCGCGAGAGUAUGGCCCUUUACGCUCGAUCCUUUUCAACAGGUUGCCGUCGCAUCUAUUCAGAGGGAGGAAAGUGUGCUCGUUUCGGCCCAUACCAGUGCAGGGAAAACGGUGGUUGCAGAGUACGCCAUCGCCCAGAGUCUGAAGAACAACCAGAGAGUCAUCUACACAAGUCCGAUCAAAGCGCUGAGUAACCAAAAGUACCGGGAGUUUGCUGCAGACUUUGGAGAUGUCGGAUUGAUGACGGGAGAUGUGACGAUAAAUCCAACCGCUACUUGCUUGGUGAUGACGACGGAGAUUCUGAGAUCUAUGUUAUAUCGUGGCUCAGAGAUUAUGCGAGAAGUUGGUUGGGUUAUCUUCGACGAGAUUCAUUAUAUGCGAGAUGCUACGCGAGGUGUUGUUUGGGAAGAGACGAUUAUCUUACUUCCUGACAAGGUUCGCUACGUGUUCUUGUCCGCUACGAUACCUAAUGCAAUGCAAUUCGCCGAAUGGAUCACGAAAAUGCACAAUCAGCCAUGCCAUGUUGUCUAUACCGACUUUAGACCCACCCCGCUACAACAUUACUUCUUCCCCGCCGGCUCAGAAGGCAUGCACCUAAUCGUGGAUGAAAAGGGUGUUUUCCGCGAGGAGAAUUUCCAGAAGGCUAUGAGCUCGAUUGCGGACAAGAAGGGUGACGACCCCUCAGAUGCAAUGGCUAAACGAAAAGGGAAGGGUAAGGAUAAGAAGCUGAACAAAGGCGGCAACCAGGAAAACAACGAUAUAUACAAGAUUGUGAAGAUGAUAAUGCUUAAAAGUCUUAACCCCGUUAUCGUCUUCAGUUUCAGCAAGCGCGAGUGCGAGUUCUAUGCUCUGAGGAUGAAGAAUUUGGCCUUCAACGAUGAUUCCGAGAAAGAGAUGGUUUCCAAGGUUUUCAACAGUGCGAUUGACAUGUUGUCGGAAGAGGACAGAAACCUGCCCCAGAUUCAGAACAUCUUGCCGCUUCUUCGGAGGGGAAUUGGUGUUCAUCAUUCUGGACUCCUUCCGAUCCUCAAGGAAACUAUCGAAAUCUUGUUUCAAGAGGGUCUUAUCAAGGUCCUAUUCGCCACCGAGACCUUCUCCAUUGGGCUCAAUAUGCCUGCUAAAACUGUCGUCUUCACAAGUGUGCGGAAGUUCGAUGGCUUCAGUCAGCGCUGGGUCACUCCUUCGGAAUUUGUUCAAAUGUCAGGCCGCGCUGGUCGAAGAGGUCUUGACGACCGAGGUAUUGUUAUAAUGAUGAUUGGCGAGGAGAUGGAUCCUGCUGUCGCGAAGGAAAUCGUCCGUGGAGAGCAGGACCGCCUGAAUUCUGCCUUCCAUCUGGGUUACAACAUGAUUCUGAACCUCAUGCGUGUAGAAGGUAUCUCUCCCGAGUUCAUGCUUGAGAGGUGCUUCUACCAGUUUCAGAACACCGCCGGCCUAGCAGGCCUCGAAAAGGAACUUGGCGAACUAGAGGAAAAGAGGGCAAACAUGACCAUCUCCGAUGAGGGAACGAUUCGUGAAUAUUACGACCUCAAAACACAGCUUGAUCAGUUCAGUGACGAUGUACGAACCGUCAUUAGUCAUCCAAAGUAUUCCGUACCCUAUCUCACGCCUGGCCGCCUGUUGAACAUCAAAUAUAAAGAUUUUGACUUCGGCUGGGGCGUGGUGGUGAACUGCAAGAAGCGAAAGCCCGCAAAGAAUUCAGAAGAGAUCAGCGACCAUCAGAGUUGGGUUGUCGAUGUUCUCUUGAAAGUCGCUGAUGGGCCAUCUGUUGGCACCAAGACGUUUGGUGAUCUGCCACCUGGUGUUCGUCCGCCAAAGGAGGGCGAGGGAUUCCAAAUGGCGGUUGUUCCGUUGCUUCUCAACUGUAUUCAAUCGAUCUCACAUGUCCGCUUGCACCUUCCCAAAGAUGUGCAAUCGGCUGGUUCACGCGAAGUUGUCCGAAAGAAGGUGGAUGAGGUCAAAAAGCGGUUCCCAGACGGAAUCGCGGUACUCGAUCCGAUCGAGGAUAUGGGCAUCAAGGAUGACGAGUUCAAGAAGUUAUUAAGGAAAAUUGAGGUUCUCGAAUCUCGUCUACUCGCUAAUCCGUUGCAUAACUCUCCGAGAUUGGAGGAACUGUACCAACAGUAUUCAGAAAAGGUGGAGCUUGGAAACAAAAUCAAAGCAACCAAGAAGAAAAUAUCCGAGGGCAUGGCAAUCCAGCAAUUAGACGAGCUCAAAUGCCGCAAACGAGUUCUCCGCCGGUUUGGAUUCAUCAAUGAGGCCGAAGUUGUCCAGCUGAAAGCUCGUGUCGCAUGUGAAAUCAGCACUGGUGACGAGCUGAUGCUCAGCGAGCUUCUCUUCAACGGCUUCUUUAAUAAACUGACCCCGGAGCAAGCAGCGGCCGUUCUGAGCGUCUUUGUGUUUGAAGAAAAGUCAAAGGAGACACCGCCGCUGUCAAAGGAUGAGCUUGCAAAGCCCCUCAAGGAGAUCCAAGCGCAAGCGCGGAUUGUCGCCAAAGUUGCCCAGGAGUCGAAGCUAGCCGUCAGUGAAGAAGACUAUGUUCAGAGUUUCCAUUGGGAGCUUAUGGAGGUCAUUUACGAAUGGGCUAAUGGAAAGUCAUUUGCUGAUAUCUGCGGGAUGACGGAUGUUUAUGAAGGCAGCUUGAUCCGUGUCUUCCGUCGGUUAGAAGAGUGCCUGCGGCAAAUGGCCCAGGCAUCCAAGGUCAUGGGCAGCGAGGAGCUUGAGAGUAAAUUCGAGACUGCCUUGACAAAGGUCCGCAGAGAUAUUGUUGCCGCCCAGUCUCUGUAUCUGUAA